AACAUGAGUUUUGCGAGAUACAAAAAGAAAAUUGAGGAGGGAGAUACAAUAAUUCUGUAUCUUGGCUAUGAAAAUAUGCAUGCUGUGACGAUGAAGAGAGGUCAAACGUUCCAGACAAAAUACGGAGCCAUGCGACACGCAGACGUGAUAGGAAUGGACUACGGAAGUAAAGUACAAUGUCCCAAGGGAUACCUGUACGUUCUCCAGCCAACUCCCGAGCUAUGGACACAGAAUCUCCCACAUAGAACACAGAUCCUUUACUCCACGGACAUUAGUGUCGUCACCAUGCAACUCGACCUAAAACCGGGCUCAGUUGUCGUAGAAUCUGGUACUGGAAGUGGUUCAUUAUCACAUUCCAUCAUCCGGUCCAUAGCUCCUACAGGACACCUGCACACAUUUGAGUUUCAUCAGCAGAGAGCGGAGAAGGCUGAAGAGGAAUUCCAAGAGCACGGUUUGAAGGAGUAUGUAACAGUCACACACAAGGAUGUCUGUCAGGACGGGUUUGGAUUGGAAAACAUUGCAGAUGCUGUGUUUCUUGAUCUACCCCGGCCAUGGGAAGCUAUGGCUAGUGCUAAAGCUGCCAUGAAAGUCACAGGUGGGAGACUGUGCUCUUUUUCACCUUGUAUAGAGCAAGUACAGAAGUCUUGUGAUUACCUGCGGGACUUGGGAUUCGAGGAGGUCACAACUAUGGAGUGUUUACUUCGUAACUUUGAUGUCAGGACAAUAAAUCUACCUAUUGCAGAUUUGGGCCCAAUAGGACCCACAGAAAAAAAUAUCUCAGAUAAUACAGACCUGAAGGAGGAAGUUUCGGAUCAAACGGAUACCCCUACAAAGAAGUUAAAAUCAGAAAAUAAUGACUCCGUAGCUCAGCGUGAAAAUAAAAACGUGCUGCCCAGUUUUGAUAUCAUUGGAAGAAAGGAAAGUGCAAGCUUCUUUUUCAAGACUGGGGUGACACCAAAUCAGAUGCCUGGGCAUACAGGUUUUCUCACAUUUGCGACACUAUACCCAUCUUGAAUAAAUUAUCUGUUUCUAGC